AUGCCCUCGACACCCGCGGCGGGCGCGCGCGACGACGGUUCAACCCACCUCGACCACUCCCCACCUCUCGACCGUCGCUCCAUCCCACUCGCCGCACGGCUCGUCGAGACCGUCCGCGAGUACUGGGAUCUCGGUUUUACAGUGUUUGGAGGGCCAGGCGUGCAUGUGGUCAUUCUCAGACGGAGGUUGGUGCCCAAGUGGGUGGACGAGACGACUUUCACAGACCUAUUCUCCCUCGGCAACGCCCUGCCCGGCCCCGGCUCGACCCAACUCGCCUUCUCGCUCGCCGUCGUCCGCAACGGCACGCUCGCGGGUUUCCUCGCCUUCCUGAUCUGGUCCAUCCCAGGUGCAGUAGGAAUGGCCGGACUCGGCGCGGGCGUGCGCAAGUUCCCCGAGCGACUCCCGCCUAUCGUCCUCGCCCUCUUGACAGGCUUGAACGCUUCGGCCGUUGGGUUGAUCGCCCUCGCGGCGUACCAGCUCUCCAAGACCGCGAUUACCGACCCAGUCACUCGCCUACUCGUCCUCCUUUCGGCGUCCUUCGGAAUCUGCUAUCACGCGCCAUGGAUGUACCCCGUCCUCGUCUUUGCAGGCGGGUUCGUCACGCUCCUCUUCGACUUUCGCCGGCAGAUCCUCGGCCGACUUCCGACCGCGCUCAACCCGUAUGCCAUCCGAGCGCGCCGAAAAGCAGCUGCAGCGCCGCCUGAACCGCCGCAGGAUCCGAAUUACGAUGUCGAGCUCGAGUCGCUGGGGGAGCAGCGGAGGAGCUCGACGGCUGAGGACGGUGCGCAGAGAGCAACCGAGGACGACGACAAGCCGCGCGGCGCAGAAGAUCAAGCUGCGGACACGGUGCGCGCAACGCUCCGCCAGCGCAACGGCCCGUCCGUCCAGCCCCAGCCCUCCGCAACUCCCGCCUCGUCCGUCGUCGACGCACCCUCAACCGAGCGCAGCACGCCAAUCAUGGUCUUGAACCGCAAGAUCGCCUUUGCGCUUGGAGCAGGAUUCAUCGUCUACCUCGUUACGAUCAUCGUGGUGCGGUCGCAACUCAACAACCCGCCUCGCGCGCUCGACUUCUUUACGAAUAUGGUCAUCGGCGGGACGAUCAUCUUCGGCGGCGGACCGGUCGUCAUUCCUCUCCUGCGACAAUACACGGUCCAGCCCGGCUGGGUCGAGUCGCGCGACUUCCUGCUCGGCUUUGCAAUCCUCCAGGCGUUCCCGGGCCCGAACUUCAACUUUGCCGUCUACCUUGGCGUCCUCUCCCUCCCGCACAAUCCAGUCCUCGGCGCCUUCCUCGGUUGGGUGGGCAUCUUCUCCCCCGGCAUCAUCCUCAAGCUCGCGCUCCUCCCGCUGUAUCACACCUGGCGCAAGCACGCGGUCGCUAUCUCGGUCUUGCGCGGACUGAACGCUGCGGCGGUCGGGCUCGUCUACACGGCCGUCUGGCAGCUCUUCCUCGUCGGCUACAUCUACACGCCCGUCUCCGGCAACAUUCCCACCCAAGCCUCCGCCAGCGGUCCGUUGACCUCCGAUCCGUUCUGGGGCGUCGUCGCAAGCUUCGCAUUCGUCGCGACGCAGUGGUACAAGUCUCCGCCGGCUGUGACGAUUGUCGGAGGGGCGUUGGCGGGGCUGGCGUGGUUUGGGGUUGUCGGGGCGAGGGGGGUGGAGAGGCAGCAGUUUUUCGGGUGA